GAGCACAGAGGUGGGGCAGGAUCAGGGAGAAAAGGAAAGCCUCUCUGCCAAAGCACCUGGAGGCUGUCCUGCCUACCACAGCUCUGUGUUCUACUUCUUCCCAUCCUCUGCCUGAACAGAAGCCAGACUUAUUUUACCCAGCAUCUGUGCCUGUCCUCUACAAAACGAUGUGGCUCUCCCUGGUGGUCCUUGUAGGCCUGUACUACCUUCUGCGCUGGUACAGGGAGAGGCAGGUGGUGAGCCACCUCCAAGAUAAGUAUGUCUUCAUCACAGGCUGUGACACGGGCUUCGGGAAUCUGCUGGCCAGGCAGCUGGACAUGAAAGGCAUGAGGGUGCUGGCUGCAUGUCUGACAGAGAAGGGGGCCAAACAGCUGAGGGUGCGGACAUCAGAGAGGCUGGAGACGGUGACCCUGGAUGUUACCAACACAGAGAGCAUUGCUGCAGCCACCCAGUGGGUGAAGGAGCAUGUGGGGGAGAGAGCAUGCCUGCUUGAGCCAUUCUAUCUCCGGUCUCUGCCUCUUAUCCCAUCCUUGGAAUUCUCUAGACUUGGGCUCUGGGGCCUGGUGAAUAAUGCCGGCAUCAUCAUACCCACUGCUGCCAAUGAGUGGCUGACCAAACAGGACUUUGUGAGAGUAAUGGAGGUGAACCUGUUGGGAGUGAUCGAGGUGACUUUGAGCCUGCUACCCUUAGUGAGGAAAGCGAGGGGCCGCGUGGUCAAUGUCGCCAGUAUCCUGGGCCGGUUGUCACUCUGUGGUGGCGGCUACUGCAUCUCCAAAUACGGCGUAGAGGCCUUCUCUGACAGCCUCAGGAGAGACCUCUUUUAUUUUGGGGUGAAGGUAGCUAUAAUUGAGCCUGGUUUCUUCAGAACCAACAUUUUACCUCUUGAGAGAUUCUCACAGACCCUAAAGAAUCAAUGGAACCAGGCCAGCUCAGAGGUCAAAGAGACCUAUGGAGAGAAGUUUCUGGCAUCCUACAUGAAAAAAAUUAAAUCAUUGGAUAACAUGUACUCAGAGGACUUGUCCUUGGUGACAAACUGCAUGGAGCAUGCACUGACUGCCUGUUACCCCCGCACACGGUAUUCAGCUGGCUGGGAUGCCAAGUUCUUCUACAUCCCCAUGAGCUACCUGCCGACCUUCCUAGUGGACGCCAUAAUCUCCUGGAAUGCUCCAAAGCCUGAAAAGACCCUGUGAAGUCAACGUUGGAGUGCAUGGGUUGUGGGAAGUUGGGUACUGUGUGAGGGAGUGGAUGCUUCAAGGGAAGGAAACUAGGGCGGAGGGAGGGAGCUGUCGUGUCACUACGUUAUCUAUCCUACUUUCUUCAUUCAAAGGAUUCUGCUAAGAUAUCGCUCACAACUGGUAAAUUAGGAGAAAAGACUCAAGGAAUUCUGCUAAGGAAUAGGAACUUCAUAGCACUCAUUGAUGUCCAAUUGAUUUUGGUAUCUGUUCAAGUUUCUAAGCCUUUUGACCAACCAUGAGGAAUCUACACAGGUGGGAAAGUUGUAAACAGGUGAGAGGAUGCUCAGCUCACACCUGCUGUGCCUUCUGUCCUCCUGUCCUUCUCCUCAGGCUAUGCAUUAUCCCUAGCUAGUUUAUAUCCUCACAUAGUAUGCAAAUGGCCUGGAGAAAGCAGGGGCACUCAUCCUCUGAUAUCAUCUGUGCACCUCAUGAGGGGUUAGGAGGGCAACAAGCAGCCAACCUAUACCCUCAAGUCUUAGGAGCCAAGUCUGUAGGCAUUGGUGGGGAGGAGGUGUCCUCAAUACAGAUCCUGGCAGAGGACUCAGAAAUCAAUUUUUUAUUUGUCUUGAAACCAUGGCUUUCUUUUGAUUAGUUUUGUUUUAGAAUAAAAUUCAAAAAUUUCACCAAUGCCCAGUGAUUUGAACUAAGGGCAUGAGGAAAAAUGUGGUGUGGACCACUGGGAGGAAGAGUCAGUUGCCUUCAUGGAGAAUAGGGGGUGAAAGGAAUGACCUGAGGUGGGAUCAGAAGAGGGAAGUGAUAUAAUCCCUGCCCUCUCUAUCCUCUCUGCCACAGAGGUGAGAGGGACUUGUUUCCCUUCUGAGACUUCCAAAUACCUUGAUUCACAAGAUCAGAUAGCAGAUGGGUCAGUGUGGAGAUGUUCAGAGGAUCUGGCAUGUCUCAGAUCCCUUUCCUGGGUAGCUGAAACUUCCCUCCCCUCACCAGUCACCUCUCUGUGACCCUCAGUGACCUACAUUGAUUUUAAACUCACUGCAAUUCUGUCCUGUCAUUUCUCAGGUCUGUCACUGCUGUUCUACUCCCUCUCCCUUCUGGUGGCAUGGAGUGAGAGUCACUUCUGGACCCUGGUCUUUCCUUUUCUACUCAACAUUUGCUGAGCACCUCGCACCUCCUGUAUGCUGGACAAGAAAGCCUUGAAUUAUCCCCAACUUCUUAAGACCCGGCUCUAUGUGUUGUCCGUAUAGUGAUGGUCCUCUGGAGUUGGGGCUGAAUAGAGAGAGCAUUUGCAGAAAGUGAUGGAGAGUCCUGGGAGGAGUCGUUGGAGUUGGAUAGUAUCACCCCAGGUGUCUUGGUUUUCUUGCCUUAGAGGAUUUGGAACCUUUAGAGAACCUUGUGUAAUUGGUUCACACAAGGACACAGUGUAAAUGGAUACAUGACCAGUGUCCAUUGUGAAAACAGUGAUAUCUAACAUUGCAGGGCUAUUCAUUUUUACUUUCAACAGAUACACAAAAAUAUUAAAAUUCUGCAUACUAAUGGA